AUCGAAGCGGAUGUGUAGCUGGCGGCCCCUUAGCCGAGUCUCUACUUGAGUCAGUAGGGUUUCCUGGUUCUGCUGGAUCUGCUGUUCGGUGGUGUAGAUGGAACCCAGUUCGGUAACUACGGUAGCGUUACCCAGGAGGAAGCAUGGAUAAAGUGAGGAGGAUCCUGGUCCAUGUUUGCAAAGAGCGAGCAGCUCCGCACACGGCUCAGUUUGCUCAGAGUGUAACGGGUCAGUUCAGCGAUGGAGGUGAGGACGAGGUGGAGGUGAACUGUUCUCUGGAGGAAAACCGCUUCAUCCUGUUCCGAGGAGACGAAGGACGACGGAUCCCCCUGAAGAGGGCCGCCUUCUGUCCCAUCAAACACCUGUCAGUCACAGAGGCAGCUGCCAUACCUCCUGACAUUCAGAGGCGUGGCGUCGAUGUGGGCGUGGCCAUCCUCCUGCAGUCAGCCAAUCAGAGGGUUUUGCUGACACGUAGGUCAAAGAACCUGCGGACAUUCCCCAGCGUCUGGGUUCCUCCAGGAGGCCACGUGGAGCUGGAUGAGACGCUGCUGGAUGCAGGGCUUAGGGAGCUGAAGGAGGAAACUGGGCUCCAGCUGGAGCCAGAGGGGGCUUCUCCAGUGAUACUGGGACUAUGGGAGUCGGUGUUUCCUCCCACGCUGUCCCGGGGGCUUCCUCACAGGCACCAUGUGGUCGUCUACAUGCUGCUGCACUCCUCGCUGUCGCACCUGCAGCUUCAGGCCUCCCUGAGCCCGUCUCCUGCUGAGGUCAGUGCCUGUCUGUGGGCUGACUGCCGGCUGGUCAGAGCCAUCGUGUCUGCAGUGGACGGGGAGGACGCUGAGGUUCUGCUGGACGACCUGCCGAGCAGCAUCAGAGUAUCAGAGGUGUCCAAGAACCGGAGUCUGAGUGACUCCAUGCUGCCUGUGGCAGUGUUCGUCAGCCGGGCACCAGCCAGCGGCCCAGACGUGGAGCGAGUCAGCACCGGAACCAAGUUUGCCCUGGAGCUUUGGCUGAAGAGCCUGGAGAUGCGCGACCUCUGAUUUCCACAGCAUUCAACGCAGUCAAGACAGAACUGAAGCAUAACCCCAUCCCUUGUUUUAAUAAAACACGUUGAAACAAA